AUGGACAAGAUUGUGCCACGUGGAAGCUACUCCACCAUGAUCCAUGCAAAUAUCACUCCUUUUCCCUCGCUUCAAUUUCGUAAUCCAUUGAAGAUCUCUGCAAGAUCCAUGGGGAAACACAGUAAUUCCAAUCCAGAUAAAAGUGGAGCUGUGACGGAUCCGGUGUGGGAAUGCGAGGGAAAAGGAGCGUGUGAGUUGAAACAGAGACGAUUUGCUGAUACCAUCAUGCCUCAUAUCCUUAACUUGUACGGAGCUUGCGCAAAAGCCAAGGAUUUUGACAUGUAUGCACCAAAUGCUUCGUUCGAGGACCCUUUAACACAUGCUCAAGGGGUAAAACAAAUCAAAUCAGCAUUUUAUUCACUCUCCAAGGUGUUUGGUGAGUCGAAAAUAAUUGAAUAUCAUAUUCAGGAAAGUGAUAUCGCACCGGGGAAGAAAGAGAUACUAAUUGACAACAAACAACACUACAAGCUCCUUGGAAAGAACAUUCACAUGAUCUCUCUCAUUAAACUCUAUGUCGAGAACGACAAGAUUGUCCGACACGAAGACUGGUGGGACAAGAAACCUCUGAGGAACAGAGACACUGUUAGCUUCCCGUUAGUAGGGCGGGCAAUGGAGAUGGGUCGAAGAGGCUUGAUGCUAGCGACUCAUGCCAUGAUGGGUUUUGGUAAAGAUCCUGGCUCGCAUUGA